AUGCUGAGUAAACUGCCUUGCACUACAUUUUUUUUCUUUUUUCCUAAGGUGAAAGGUAAGGAUGGAGUCGGGGCUGUCAUGGAUUCAAUGGAGCUGGAGCGGCAGCGUGGGAUCACAAUUCAGUCUGCAGCAACGUACAUCAUGUGGAAGGACACCAACAUCAACAUCAUCGACACACCAGGACAUGUGGACUUCACAAUUGAAGUGGAGAGGUCUCUGAGAGUUCUUGAUGGAGCCGUUCUGGUUCUCUGUGCUGUUGGAGGCGUGCAGUGCCAGACAAUAACUGUGAACAGGCAAAUGAAACGUUACGGUGUGCCGUUUCUAACAUUCAUCAAUAAACUGGACAGACUGGGCUCUAGUCCAGCCAGAGCAGUACAGCAGUUGAGAUCCAAGUUAAAACACAAUGCAGCUUUUGUUCAGAUUCCAAUUGGGCUGGAGGGAAACUUUAAAGGAGUUAUAGAUCUUAUUGAAGAAAGAGCUAUAUAUUUUGAUGGCGAACUUGGCCAGACUCUUCGGUAUGAUGAAAUCCCAGCGGAGUUCAGAGCUGAGGCUGCAGAGAGACGUCGGGAGUUGAUCGAAUGCAUUGCUAACUCGGAUGAUCAACUUGGGGAGCAGUUUUUGGAAGAAAAGAUUCCUACAGCCGCUGAGUUAAAGCUGGCAAUCAGAAGAGCAACACUGCAGAAGUCCUUUACCCCCGUGCUGGUGGGAAGUGCUUUGAAGAACAAAGGAGUACAGCCACUGCUGGAUGCUGUCCUGGAAUACCUCCCCAACCCUUCCGAGGUUGAGAACUAUGCUAUUCUUAACCAGGGAGAUUCUGAGGACAAAUCCAAGUUCCUGAUGCUGAACUCUGCUCGAGACGAUUCCCAGCCUUUUAUAGGCCUUGCUUUUAAGCUGGAGGCUGGCCGUUUUGGGCAGUUAACUUACAUUCGAGUGUAUCAGGGAAUGCUGAAGAAAUCUGAUUAUAUCUAUAACACCCGGACUGGGAAGAGGGUUCGUGUACAAAGACUCGUCCGUAUGCAUUCAGACAAGAUGGAGGAUGUAAAUGAAGUUUAUGCAGGAGACAUAUGUGCGCUGUUUGGAAUUGAUUGUGCCAGUGGGGAUACGUUCACUGAUAAAACGAGUACGGACAUUUCCAUGGAGUCAAUUCACAUCCCUGAUCCUGUCAUUUCAGUAGCCAUGAAGCCUUCCAACAAGAACGACUUUGAUAAAUUUUCAAAAGGCCUGAUCCGCUUUACAAGGGAAGAUCCCACCUUCAGAAUCCAUUUUGAUGAUGAGAGCAAAGAGACCAUUGUUUCGGGAAUGGGGGAACUGCACUUGGAAAUCUACGCCCAGCGAAUGGAAAGGGAAUACGGUUGCCCUUGCAUCAUGGGAAAGCCAAAAGUUGCCUUUAGGGAGAACAUCACCGCACCUGUGCCGUUUGAGUACACACACAAGAAGCAGACGGGCGGAGCAGGCCAGUAUGGCAAAGUCAUCGGCGUGCUUGAGCCCUUGGAUCCCGAGGACUACACAAAACUAGAAUUUGAAGACAGAACCAUUGGCACCAACAUUCCGAAACAGUUCGUGCCCGCUGUUGAAAAGGGGUUCCGAGAAGCCUGUGAAAAAGGUCUGGUGUCAGGGCACAGAAUAUCGGGGGUCCGGUUCGUCCUGGAUGAUGGGGCACAUCACAUGGUGGACUCCAAUGAAAUCGCCUUCAUCAGAGCGGGAGAAGGAGCCCUAAAGCAAGCUAUGGAAAACGCCACUGUGCGUAUACUGGAACCCAUUAUGGCGGUGGAGGUGAUGGCGCCCACGGAGUUCCAAGGCGUGGUGAUAGCUGGAAUUAAUCGCCGCCACGGAGUGAUCACGGGGCAAGAUGGCGUGGAGGGCUACUUUACGCUCUAUGCUGAGGUGCCGCUGAAUGACAUGUUUGGCUACGCCACCGAGCUGAGGUCUUGCACAGAGGGAAAGGGUGAAUAUACAAUGGAAUACUGUAAAUAUCAACCGUGCUUGCCCAGCACGCAAGAAGAAAUAAUUAACAAAUACCUCGAAGCAACGGGGCGACUCCCUGCUAAAAAGGGCAAAGCCAAGAGCUGA